AUGAGGGCGUGUCAGUUGUUCAAAACGCUUCAUAUCAAGCCAGCGCUUGUGACCGGUUUCGAACACGGCGGCGGCUGUUCGACUUUGAGGCUGCCCUCGAUCUCUAUCAGAAGAUCUAUGGCUUCCAAAUGUGAUGUUGGUGUCCGCAAGGAAUCCGACACCUUUGGUGAACUGGACGUGCCAAGCGAUCGUUACUAUGGUGCCCAAACGGUGAGGUCGACGAUGAACUUUCGUAUUGGAGGCGAAAAAGAACAGAUGCCGUAUCCAGUAAUUGUGGCUAUGGGCAUACUGAAAAAAGCGGCAGCUGAAGUAAAUAAAGAAUUUGGCCUUGAUGCUAAAAUUGCUGAUGCAAUAAGCAAAGCAGCAGAUGAAGUAAUCAGCGGAAAACUUUACAAUGAAGGACAUUUUCCUUUGGUAAUAUGGCAAACUGGAUCUGGUACACAGUCAAAUAUGAACACAAAUGAAGUGAUUAGCAAUAGAGCUAUUGAAAUUCUGGGGGGAGAAUUGGGAUCAAAAAUUCCAGUUCACCCUAAUGACCAUGUAAAUAAAAGUCAGAGUUCCAAUGACACUUUUCCAACAGCCAUGCACAUUGCAGUAGCAAUGGAAUUAAAUAACUUAUUGUUACCGUCAUUAAAACAUCUACAUAAGGAAUUAGAUAAAAAAGCAAAAGAAUUCUCCGGCAUAAUAAAAAUUGGCCGAACACACACACAAGAUGCUACACCUUUAACUUUAGAACAAGAAUUCAGUGGAUAUGUUAGACAAUUACAUAAUGGUAUCAAAAGAGUAGAAAAUACCUUACCUCAUCUGUAUGAACUGGGUUUGGGUGGUACAGCUGUCGGAACAGGCUUGAAUACUAGAAUUGGUUUUGCUGAAAAAUGUGCUGAAAAGAUUAGUCAGUUAACCAAGUUGCCAUUUAUAAAAUCUCCAAAUUUCUUUGAAUCACUGGCUGCUCAUGAUGCUAUGGUAGAGGUAUCAGGUGCACUAAAUGUACUCUCGUGCAGCUUAAUGAAGAUUGCUAACGAUAUCAGGUUCCUUGCGUCUGGACCGAGGAGUGGCUUAGGCGAACUGUCUUUACCAGAAAAUGAACCAGGGAGCAGUAUUAUGCCUGGAAAAGUAAACCCUACCCAAUGUGAGGCAAUGACAAUGGUGUGUGCUCAAGUGAUGGGUAACCACGUAGCGGUAACGGUUGGUGGCAGCAACGGUCACUUUGAAUUGAAUGUUUUCAAACCUAUGAUUGUGUCCAAUGUGUUAAGAUCUACAAGGCUUUUGGCAGAUAGCUGUAUGUCAUUUACAGAUAAUUGUGUUGUUGGAAUCGAAGCCAAUAAAGAGAGAAUUUCUCAUCUUUUACAAAAUUCUCUUAUGUUGGUUACUGCUUUGAAUCCACAUAUAGGAUAUGAUAAAGCUGCUAAAAUUGCAAAAACAGCGCAUAAAAAUGGAUCGACACUGAAAGAAACUGCAUUACAACUUGGAUACUUAACCGAAGAAGAAUUUGAUAAAUGGGUCAGACCAGAAGAUAUGUUGGGACCCAAAUAA